UCACUCUAACUGCACUUGUCAGUCAACCUUUGUUCUUCUCAACGACAACACCUUUCUUCCCUUUCAUCAUGGCCACGUCAUCAAUUGCCGGCAUUUCCUCCAUCUCCGUCCUUCUCCGCCGCAGCGACGCCGUGCACGGUGGCGCUACUGCUGCUACUCGCGCUCUGUCAUCAGCCCCCAUCUUCCUCAGACGCUUCGGACUGAAGCACGAGCUGCGCACGUGCCGUGCCACUCCUUCCAUUGCACGUGCUUCCGCACGUGAGGUGGUGGUCGUUGACGGUGGCGUUGAGAAAACGAAGGAAGAAGGGAGGGUGCUGAAGGUUGGUCUCAUCUGCGGUGGUCCUUCUGCUGAACGAGGGAUUUCUCUCAAUUCUGCUAGAUCAGUUCUUGAUCACUUGCAGGGAGAUGAUAUACAUGUGAGCUGCUAUUAUAUUGAUAUCAAUCUCAACGCAUUUGCAAUUUCUUCUGCUCAGGUAUAUUCCAACACCCCUGCUGAUUUUGAUUUUAAACUAGAAAGCCUUGCCCAAAGUUUCUCGACUUUGGAUGACAUGGCAGAGCAUCUAGCUACAUCUGUGGACAUAGUCUUUCCAGUUAUACAUGGUCAAUUUGGUGAAGAUGGCCGGAUUCAGGAAUUGCUAGAAAAGUAUAAUGUUCCAUAUGUUGGCACAGGAUCGAAAGAGUGCUGCCAAGCAUUUGACAAGUAUAAAGCAUCAUUGGAGCUCAGGAAGCAUGGCUUCGUAACAGUGCCCAGUUUCUUGGUUCAGGGGCAUAAAACAGACGAAUCAGAACUAUCAGAGUGGUUUAGGAAACACCAGCUGGACCCUGACUUGGGGAAAGUAGUGGUAAAACCAACAAGAGGAGGGUCAAGCAUUGGUGUUGGAGUUGCAUACGGUGUGAACGAUUCUCUUGUAAAAGCCAAUGAAAUUAUGACUGAGGGGAUUGACAAUAAAGUGUUAAUAGAAAUAUUUCUUGAAGGCGGGAGUGAGUUUACAGCCAUUGUCCUUGAUGUAGGAUCUGGUUCAGAUUGUUGUCCUGUUGUCCUACUACCUACUGAGGUGGAGCUUCAAUUCCUUGGUGCAAAUGAUGUGAAAGAAAAUGAUGCAAUAUUUAAUUAUCGCAGGAAGUACCUUCCAACCCAACAGGUUGCUUACCACACUCCACCCCGAUUUCCUUUAGAUGUAAUUGACAAUAUUCGCAAAGGGGCAUCUCUGAUAUUUCAACGGCUUUGCCUGCAAGAUUUUGCACGAAUUGAUGGAUGGUUUUUGCCUAAUUCAGAUUCUAAGUUAUCAUGUUCAGAAAAUGAGUUUGGAAGGACUGAAGCUGGUACCAUAUUAUUCACUGACAUUAACCUGAUCAGUGGUAUGGAACAAACCAGUUUUCUAUUUCAGCAAGCUUCUAAGGUUGGUUUUUCUCAUAAAAACAUCCUUAGGAGCGUUGUUCGCCAUGCUUGCUUGAGAUUUCCAAAUCUUGCAUCAGAUAGUGGAAUAUCAGGUCAGGUUCCAACUAGGUCAAAAUCUUUCGAGCUCAACAAGUCAUUUCCUUUUCCUGAAGGAGCUAGAAAAGUUUUUGUCAUUUUUGGAGGAGACACAUCAGAACGUCAAGUAUCUCUCAUGAGUGGUACAAAUGUCUGGCUCAAUUUGUUAGCCUUCCAUGAUCUUGAGGUAACUCCAUUUUUGCUUGCCUCAACAAGUGAGUAUGAGUCUAAUGUCGAUAUGGUAAAGAAGGCUGAUGAUGUAAGGGAUAGAACAAUUUGGUCAUUACCAUAUUCUCUUGUGCUACGACAUACUACGGAAGAGGUUCUUGCUGCAUGCAAAGAAGCAAUUGAACCAGAUCGGGCUGCACUAACAUCUAACCUACGAAAGAAAGUCGUGAAUGAACUCAUGGAGGGUUUGAAGGAUCACAAUUGGUUUACAGGAUUUGAUAUUGCUGAUGAACUGCCUAUGAAGUUUUCUUUGAGGCAGUGGAUCAAGUCAGCCAAGGAAGUCCAGGCAACAGUUUUUAUUGCAGUACAUGGAGGCAUUGGAGAAGAUGGUACAAUUCAAUCUUUGUUGGAUACUGAAGGAGUUCCUUACACAGGUCCUGGUGCAAUGGCAUCAAAGAUUUGUAUGGACAAAGUUGCAACAUCUGUUGCUUUAAAGCAUCUUGCAAAUUUUGGAGUUCUUACCAUAAAUAAGGAUGUCAGGAGAAAAGAUGAUCUGUUUGAUAAGCCCAUAACUGAUAUAUGGCAUGACCUCACCCAAAAGCUACAGUGUGAAACAUUAUGUGUCAAGCCAACAAGAGAUGGAUGCUCAACUGGGGUUGCAAGGCUAUGCUGUUCCGACGACCUUGCAAUAUAUGUCAAAGCUCUGGAGGAUUGUCUACUAAGGAUUCCUCCAAAUAGCUUUUCAAAGGCGCAUAGUAUAAUUGAGAUGCCAAACCCUCCUCCGGAGCUCUUGAUCUUUGAACCUUUCGUAGAGACAGAUGAAAUAGUUGUGACAUCCAAAUUUAAGGAGACUGGGCAUGACCUCAUGUGGAAAGGGCACAGUAGAUGGGUGGAAAUAACAGUUGGUGUCAUAGGAAAACGUGGAUCAAUGCACUCGCUAAGUCCUAGUGUAACCGUCAAAGAAACUGGCGAUAUUUUGUCAUUGGAGGAGAAAUUCCAAGGUGGGACUGGCAUCAAUCUGACUCCACCUCCGUUGUCGAUCAUGAGUGAGAAAGCUUUGCAGAGAUGUAAAAAGCAUAUUGAACAGAUUGCAAACACCCUACAAUUAGAAGGAUUUUCACGUAUUGAUGCAUUUGUCAAUGUUGACAACGGAGAGGUUUUGAUUAUAGAGGUAAAUACUGUGCCCGGAAUGACACCUUCCACUGUUCUGAUUCAUCAGGCACUGGUGGAACAACCACCAUUGUAUCCUCAUCAGUUCUUCCGUACGCUUCUUGAUUUGGGAUCUGUAAGGUCUAUGUAAAAGAAUGCUCACACUGCUUUCAUCAAUCUGUUAUUACUGGGAGUUGUUGUGUAGCAGCAGAUGACAUUCAUAUUCUAAUGUGGAAGUUCCUGCCCUUUAUAAUUGUAAUUUUUUUUUCAUUAUUUUCUUGUUCCUUCAAUUUGUGCCAACUUAAAAACUCAUUUAUGAAAAUAGUCUUACAUGUUUUCAACA